AUGGCAUCAAGAUACAACGAGGAUGAGUGUUUUCGUUUAAAUGUAAAAAAAUUGAUUGCUCUUGCUUUUCUUCCUUUAGAUAAAGUUACAAAUGGCUACGAAUUAAUUGCCGAACAAUUCGACGAUGAAGCUGACGAUUUGCUUGAUUAUUUUGAAAGAACAUGGAUUGGCGAACGAAAAAGAAGAGGGGCUGGUCGCAAGAAGCCUAAAUUCGAUCACACAUUAUGGAAUAUUUAUGAUCGUGUUGUUGCUGGUGUACCUCGAUCUAAUAACUCGGUAGAAGGCUGGCACAAUGCAUUCGCCAAUCGUGUUGCAAUCAAUCAUCCUGAUAUCGUGAAAUUGGCAGAAAAAAUUCGUCGUGAACAAUCGAAAUUCGAAGUGGACAUGGCGAAGAUUCUUCAAGGACAUGAUAUCAAGACGAAGAAGGUCUGCUAUCGACAAUUGGACGAACGUAUUACUCGGCUUGUCAACGCGUUCGACCCAUCUGACCUGGACCAAUUUUUGAAGAACAUCGCCGCCAACAUUACUCUUUAG